AUGCUGCUUCUAAUACUAUUUGCACUACCCGUCAUAACAACUCAAUAUUCAAUCAAAGUGCGCGGCAAGGUUGAGUUAGCGGACAACAUUCCAGCAAUAUGGAAGUACAUAGCCAAUGCUGUUGGUCAUGUUGCAGAAGGCGUUCUUCCGAACCCAAAUAAUUUCCAUAAUAACGAUGAUAGAAAUGUACUGGAUUUGAGGGAUUCCCCGGGAAGAGCCGGUUUCGUUCACGUAUAUGGCAACCAUGAUAAAACACGGGAGAAGGAUUCAUAUGUUAAUAUUAAUAUUUAA